CCAUAGAUAUUUAACUUGUAAUUCUGGAAGAAUAUAUAUAUUUUUUUUUCUUUUUCUUUUUCAUCCGAUAGAAGCUUAUCGAAUACAAUAUUUUGCUCGUCUCUUCCGUAUUCUUCUAGUUAGCUUGUUUCUUCUUUCUCAAUCGGUUGGUAUCUGUAACAAAUGGACUCGUCGCAGCAUAACUCUGCUGCCGGUAGCAUCGGCGGCAACGGGAUAAUAAACCCUAAAUCCAACGACGCAUCACCGGCCGAUUUAGCGGCCAACGCCGCUGCUUCCAUCGCCGGUUCACCCGCCGAGGAGUCAAAACAGAAUCUCAAUCAAGUCAUAAAUUCAAUCGACAAAACCCUAGGAAUUCUCCACCAGCUUAAUCUCACCGUCUCUUCUUACAACGUUUCAUCUCAACUUCCCCUUCUUCAACGCAUGAAUAAUCUUGUGCUUGAGCUUGAUAAUAUGGCGAAACUGGGAGAAAAAUGCAAUAUUCAAGUGCCAAUGGAGGUUCUGAACUUAAUUGAUGAUGGGAAGAAUCCAGAUGAAUUUACAAGGGAUGUGUUGAAUAGUUGUAUCGCCAAGAACCAAAUCACGAAGGGGAAAACUGAUGCAUUCAAGGGUUUGCGAGGGCAUCUCCUGGAGGAUCUUGAACAGGCUUUCCCUGAGGAAGUGGAAGCUUAUAGGGAAAUUCGUGCAGCUUCUGCAGCUGAAGCAAAACGUUUGGCUCAAGCGCAAAGUCUGUUACCAAAUGGAGAUGUAAAGGUGAAGCCUGAAGUAUAACUUCCACUUUUACUACUUAGGUUAAUUUCACAUAUUUCCUUAUUAUUGAAUGGGCUUUAAUGUCCUUUGCUUGUUAAAGAAUCCUUUAGAUUUUCAAGAAUGUAAAAUGUAUGUAUAAUAGAUUUACGUAUGACGAAUUUAUUCAUGAUCAUCUUCACUGUAA